AUGACUUGUCCUCAACCAUCAGAUGAACUUGUAUUUUUUGUGAAUGGAAGGAAGGUGACAGACAAUUAUCCCGAUCCUGAAGAAUACUUGCUUAAUUACCUGAGAAAGGAGCUCCAUCUGACUGGAACUAAAUAUGGCUGUGGAAUUGGAGGCUGUGGGGCCUGUACUGUGAUGAUAUCAACCUAUAAUCCUGAAACCAAAAAGAUACAUCAUUAUCCAGCCAACUCUUGUCUACUUCCAUUGUGCUCAAUCCAUGGUGCUGCAAUAAUCACUGUAGAAGGAGUGGGAACCACAAAGACCAAACUUAAUCCUAUACAGGAAAGGCUGGCAAAGUGUUUUGGCUCUCAGUGUGGUUUCUGCACUCCUGGGAUGGUGAUGUCUAUGUAUUCUCUCCUGAGGAAUCAUCCUGAACCCAGCAUGGAGCAGAUUGUUGCAUCUUUGGAUGGUAAUUUGUGCCGUUGCACUGGAUACAGACCUAUCCUGGACAGCUUUAGUGCUUUUUCUACGGAAUGCUGCCCGUUGGCAGGGAGUGGAAAAUGUUGCAUGGAAAAAGAGGAGAGUAAAGAGAAAGAGAAUUAUGCAGAAGAUCCAUCGUUAAGAAGAGGAAAGAUGUGUUCAGGCCUAUGUAAGCCAGAAAAAUUCAGUCCCAGGGAUCUGACCCAGGAUUACAUAUUUCCUCCUGAACUGAUGAGAAUGGCUGAAGAGAACAGGGGGAAAACUCUGGUUUUCAAUGGGAAAAGGACAACAUGGAUUUCUCCUUCAUCUCUAAAAGAACUUCUCCAGCUGAAAGCUACCUACCCACAAGCACCUCUUGUUAUAGGAAAUACCUGUGUAGGGCUUGAUAGGAAACUUCUGGAAGUUUAUUAUCCCAUUUUCCUCCAUCCUAUAAGGGUUCCAGAACUGCAUGUCACCAGCAUUGAAGAGAACGGCAUACUAAUAGGAGCAGCCACCCGCUUUGCCCAGUUGAGAGACUUACUAUUAAGCAUUGUCUCAGAGCUCCCAAUGGAGAAGACCAAGAUUUACUGCACCCUCUUGAAGCAACUGAGGACUCUGGCUGGAGAACAGAUCAGAAGCCUGGCUUCUUUAGGAGGACACAUUGUAAGCAGAGGAUCCACCUGGGAUUUGAACCCUGUCCUGGCAGCUGGGAAAGCUAUUCUCUAUUUGGCAUCAGAAGAUGGUACACGGAAGAUUCCACUAAAUGAUGAAUUCCUUGAACGAAUGCCUCAAGCAGACCUUUUUAAAAAUGAAGUUGUUGUCUCUGUUUUUAUUCCAUUCUCAAAGGAAAAUGAAUUUAUAUCAGCCUUCCGACAGGCAGAUCGUAGAAGAAAUGCACUCUCGGUGACAAAUUCUGCAAUGAAAGUCCUUUUCCAAUCAGGCACAGAUGUCAUUCAGGAUCUAACUAUUUUAUACGGAGGCAUUGAUUGUACAACUGUGAGUGCACGGAAUUCCUGCCAGAAGCUCAUUGGAAGAAACUGGAAUGAACAGAUGCUGAAUGAAGCUUGCCAGUUAAUUCUUGAAGAAAUCACACUCUCUCCCUCUGCACCUGGUGGAAAAGUAGAAUACAGACGCACUAUGCUCAUCAGUUUCUUCUUCCGAUUCUAUCUGAAAGUGCUACAUGAUUUAAAAAAUAUGUUUCCAGACAACUAUCCUAAUUUACCGAAGGAAUGCAUGAGUGCUUUAGGUGAAUUCUGUGAUACACCACCAAAGGGCAUGCAAGUAUACCAGGAUAUAGAUCCUCAACAGCCUCCUCAGGACCCUGUGGGACGUCCCAUCAAGCAUGAGUCUGGUAUUAAGCAUGCCACUGGUGAAGCUGUCUAUGUUGACGACAUGGAACCAGCAGAAGGGCAACUGUACAUGGCAGUGGUGACCAGCACACGGGCCCAUGCCAAAAUUCUGGCCAUUGAUUUAUCAGAAGCCUUGAAAGAACCAGGUGUGGUUGAUGUAGUAACAGCUCGAGACAUUCCAGGGAAAAAUGGUGAUGGCAAAGAGGAUGUGUUUGCAAACGAUGAAGUAAUAUUCAUUGGGCAUAUUAUAUGUGGUGUCGUCGCAACAUCCUUUGAGUGUGCAAAAGAAGCUGCAAAAAAAGUAAAGAUUGACUAUCAAGAUCUGGAAGUGAUUCUGACAAUUGAGGAAGCAAUUAAUCAUGACUCCUUCUUAGCAAAAGAUAAAAAAAUUGAAAGAGGAGAUGUGGAAAAAGCAUUUAAGACUGUGGACAAAAUUAUUGAAGGUGAAGUCCAUAUUGGGGGUCAAGAACAUUUUUACCUGGAAACAAAUAGUGUGUGUAUCAUUCCAAGAAAAGAAGAUAAUACUAUGGAUAUAUAUGUGUCCACUCAGGAUGCUGCAGGUGUACAGAAUAUGGUGGCUUCUGUAUUAGAUGUUCAGAGCAAUAAGAUCAUGUGUCAUACAAAACGAGUUGGAGGAGCUUUUGGCGGAAAAACAACUAAACCUCCAUUUUUUGCAGCGGCAGCAGCAGUGGCUGCAAAGAAAACUGGUUGUCCAGUUCGUUUUAUCCUGGAGCGACAAGAUGACAUGCUAAUAGUUGGAGGACGACAUCCGCUUUAUGGAAAAUAUAAAGUGGGAUUCAUGAAAGAUGGCAAAAUUAAAGCUGUUGACCUUCUGAUCUUCAUAAAUGGUGGAUGUACACCAGAUGAAUCUGAAAUGGUAAUAGAGUAUGUGGUGCUAAAAUCUUUUAAUGCAUAUGAUAUCCCCAACUUCCGAAGCCAGGGAUGGGCCUGCAAGACAAAUUUACCAUCAAAUACUGCAUUUCGAGGGUUUGGAUUUGCACAAUCAGCCUUAAGUGCGGAAAUGUGGAUAGCAGCUGUGGCUGACUGCCUUGAUCUUCCACCUGAUAAGGUCAGGGAGAUGAAUAUAUAUAAAACGAUAUCUGAAACCCCCUACAAAGAAAAGGUGGAUGCCAGAAAUCUGCUAGCAUGUUGGAAAGAAUGCUUGAAGAAGUCUGAUUACUACAUCCGAAAAGAAGCUGCUGAGGAAUUCAAUAAACAAAAUUACUGGAAGAAGAAAGGAAUUGCAAUCAUCCCCAUGUUGUUUUCAGUUGGAUAUAAUGUCACAUUCUACCACCAGGCUGCUGCUCUGGUUCAUAUUUAUACAGAUGGAUCAGUGCUACUGUCCCAUGGAGGAUGUGAACUAGGACAAGGAAUUAAUACCAAGAUGUUACAGGUGGCUAGUCAUGAAUUAAAGAUACCGCUAUCUUACAUACACCAGUAUGAAAGAACGACAGUCACAAUACCAAAUGCAAUUGUUACAGCGGGAUCAAUCGGCGCAGAUGUCAAUGGGAAAGCAGUCCAGAAUGCGUGUCAAAUUCUAAGGAAGCGCCUUGAGCCAAUCAUUAAAAAAAAUCCUAAAGGAAAGUGGGAAGACUGGAUUAAAGCUGCCCACGAGGAAAGCAUCAGCCUCUCUGCUACUGGCUUCUUCAAAGGAUAUGUUGUCAAUAUGGACUGGGAGAAAGGAGAAGGUCAUGCAUUUCCAUAUUUUAUUUUUGCUGCAUCGUGUUCUGAAGUUGAGAUUGACUGUCUCACUGGUGAUCAUAAGAAUCUCCGAACUGACAUGGUCAUAGAUGGUAGUUUCAGCAUCAAUCCAGGCAUUGAUAUAGGACAGGUUGAAGGUGGCUUUAUUCAGGGACUUGGACUUUAUACAUCAGAAGAGAUAAAAUUCUCUCCAGAAGGACAGCAGUAUACAUUGGGUCCUGACACAUAUAAGAUACCGGGUCUUUGUGAUAUUCCAGAAGAUCUUAGAACCUACUUGCUGCCAAACUCAAGAAAUCCCAUUGCUAUCUACUCCUCCAGGGGAUUGGGGGAAUCUGGAGUAUUCCUCGGAUCCUCUGUAUUUUUUGCUAUACGAGAUGCAGUAGGUACUGCACGGAAGGAAAGAGGAUUAAACUCUGCUUUCACACUGGACAGUCCACUGAAUGUAGAGAGGAUUCGCAUGGCCUGUGCUGAUUACUUUACAGAAAUGAUUCCAAGAGACAAGCCUGGGACCUAUACACCUUGGGCUAUCCAAGUUGAUUAAUCUUCUACUUCAGUGAUGGGAUUCAAAAAAUUUUACUAGCAGUUCUGUGGGUGUGGCUUGGUGGGUGUGGCAGGGGAAGGAUACUGUAAAAUCUCCAGUCAGAGGUGGCAUUUGCCGGUUCUCCGAACUACUCAAAAUUUCCGCUACCGGUUCUCCAGAACUGGUCAGAACCUGCUGAAUACCACCUCUGUUCUACUUAUUUUUCAAUGAAGCUGUGAUUUUCUUACCACGUAAUGUUGUACAUACCACUUCAGAAAUAUAUCGUAUGGUUUUCGAUGGGACAUACACUCCAAAUAAACGUUUAUAGGACUGCAUCCUUAACUGUCUGUCAAGACAAUAAUAUUGGAACCAUGUUUAGGAUACUGUUGGCCAAACUUGUUCAGUUUGAUCUUUGAAUCAUUUUCCAACCAUGCAUGAGCAAAUUUGGUGCAACAGACACAUUUCAGCAUGAGAGUAAAGCUGUAAGAGAGAUCUUUGUGUGACUGAAAUCAGCAGAAACAAAUCUUAGCAACACCUCUCUCUCUCUCUGUGAUAAGGUCAUUUGGUGUUGCUUCUGAUUUAAGGAACAGAUUGUAACUGCUAAAUGAGAUGUAAAGAAAGAUAUUUUACGUAUCUUUUCAUUUUUCUUCCUUUUUAUUAUUGUAAGUCACCUAUAGUAGUUCUAGAGUAUUUGCCUUGAUAGAUGGCAAAUAAAUUUAAUUUCAAUUUAAUAAAUAAAAUUAAUUUACCUACAGAUGUAUAAUACUGUAUUAUAAUAAAUAUUACCUGUGUGGUAAUAAUAGUAUAAAAUUUUUAAUGCUAUUAACUGUUGCGUAUCUCAUCUCAUCAAUUGAACGAGUUGCUAUGGUUGUGAAGGGCUCUAACUGUUCAGGAUAAGGUAGUCAACAAUAGAUUAAAACAGUACAGCUUCUGUGGGAAAAGGAAACACAGAAUUAAAUGUGAGGAAAUUUCAUCUUGUGGGCAACUAACGUAAGCUUAUUAAGGACAUCACAUGCUAGAAAUGAAAAGCAGCUAUCAACACAAUUAUUGAUUCAAGCAAAGCAUUGGUGAUUUCCAAAGGUAUAUUAGUCUGCAAGAAAGCUGGUUAUUUUCAACAUAAAUGUGACACUGAUAAAAAAAAGCACUUGAAAAAUAGCUGUAUAUUCUUUUAUAAUGUUAUAUAUUAAAAUGUUUCUCUUAUCCGUCUUCUUGAACACAUAUA